GUUGAGAAUGCUGUAAAGUUGAUGACCUGUUUACUGCUUGAACAUCAGAUUCUUGUCUUCUCAGCUGAUUGUCAGAAACUGGUUCUUGUUUGUGAAUCUAUCCUAGCUCUGAUUGCCCCCUUUCAAUGGCCCCAUGUCUACGUCCCUAUCCUGCCCCCUAUGCUAGAGAAUUUCUUGGACGCCCCUGUCCCGUAUAUUAUGGGACUUCUUAGACGAACCCACGAUAUGAACCUGUACAGUCGAGCUUCAGUUUGCAUUGUGGAUAUAGACGGGGGAGAACUAGAACUUCCGGAGGAACUGCCAAACUUCCCUUACGAGAAGGAGUUGAUAGAUGAAAUUAAAACUGUGAUAGUUCAAUAUGGCGGUAAGGAGGGGGCUUCAAUGCUUAAAUCUCAGGCAACUGAACAGCUUGAACAGGUAAACGUGAACAGAAAUCGUGAAAUAGAUGAAACUGUUGAACGUCUGAACCAAAUGAUUCAGCAGUUUGAGAAUCUCAGUAGUUCUGGAAAAGCAACAGGUAGUGGUUACGAAGACCAGCUCCGACUGAACGCAGUUAUCCGCGAGAUUUUUAUAAACCGGUUUCUUCACAUUUUCCAUAGUUUCCACCAUUUUGUAAUUCAUACUGAAGAGGAGUUGAACCUGUCGGGAGAGAGUCAACAGGAUUCACAGUUUAACUUUGACAAAAUAUCUUUUCUGUCUGAACAGGUUCAGUCCCACAUAGGAUUCCUAGCUGGGUUCCUCGAGACACAAAUGUUUAGUUCUUUCAUUGAUGAUCAUGUGCAAGCUGCAGCAGGUGGGCUAACCCUAGAUACUCCCUUCUACCACCGCCUAAACUCCCUACGAGCUGAAUAUGGGGAGAGUUUAGUCCGAACUCCAACCUAUGAAACCUGUUCAAACUUCCCGCUGGUUCUCUCCACUCUUAAAAAUAGGCUUAGUAAGAUUGAGCUCACAAUUUCUCCCCAGAAGAAAACUAGAAAGUCUGACCAAUCAAUCAAAAAGAAAGGAGUUGAGUUGGGAGUAUUCCCUUUAUUUGAUCCUAAUCUUUUUCGGAGAAAACAGACUGAUAAUUCUACAGCUGUUUUUAUCAGGGGGGAUAGAAGAUCUCGUGUACUUGACGUGAAUCUAAUCCCUAGUCAGAAUAUUCCUCUCCUAACACCUAGUCAAGCUAGUAUAGCAGAAACUAACUGGAAGUUUGUCAAUCAGCUGCUGAAGGAGACAAAACAGAAAACAAAAAGAAUUCUUCUUGAAAAGCUUGGAUCAGAAUCUGUAGAGUGGGGGCACAAGAACCUGGGGUUCUCAGGUUAGCAUUUAAGAAAUACA